AUGGAAGAUAAUAAGUUACCUAAACUUUAUACAACACCAUAUCAGAAGAUACCAGAAUCUAUCACAACAACAACAACUUUCCUACCAGAUCCACCUGAUAUACUUGCACCAUUAUUACCAGAAACAAUUAUUGAUGAUAAAGAGGUAAAUUCUAUGGAAAUUAUGUCUGGAAAAGAAAAAUAUCAACCAGCACCACCUAAUUGGAAUCCUCCUCCUAUUCCAAAUACUACAAGUGAUAAUGAGAUGGAGGCACGCAACAUCCGAGAUCCUAGUGAAGGUUUAUAUGAGGAACCAGAGGGUAUUUACCAUAAAGAUAGUACUUAUAAAAAACAACCAUCAAGUAGUGAUAAUAUUAAUCAAUCAUCAAAUGAAAUGCACUUUAGUCCAUUAAAAACUAAUAAUAGUACAAAUAAAAAUUGUAAUGACAGCAAAGAAAAUGAAAAAACUUCUAAUAAUACGGAGUAUAAUUUGGAUGUUGAUUCUGUUUAUGUAAGAAAAACAAAUCGUGGAACUUAUUUUAUACAACCAUCUAAUGUAAAAACCUCAACAAGUACAUUAUCUCCCGAAAUCAACAGAUAUGAAAAGACAUGUAUAGGAUUUUUGAAUGGUCCAACAAUAACUCAUAAAGUAAUAAUGCCAAACAACGGAAAUCCAAUGUAUAAAAGUCAACAAUCAACAAAUUUUAAUACAAAUAUAAUAUAUGAUCCUCCAACAUCAUCAUCACCAUUAAUGUACUCAACGGAGGAAUCAACAGCAACAUCAAUUUCUGAAAAUUUUAAGGGUACCUGUAAACAACAAUCAACAACUUUCUUUCCAACAUCAAGAGAAUCUAAAAUUUUAAAUAAAAAACAUGGUAAUAUAUUACCUAAUGAAUAUAUAUCCGGUGAAUAUAAUAAAAUACAAACAAAAGAAUCAUAUAUUUCAAGAAUGAAUUUUCGAAAUAUAUCACUUGCUUUAGCUAUUUCUUUAAUAGUAUCAUUAAUAAUAAUUAUAUAUUUAUUAUUAUCAACGACAAAUGAUAACAUAAAUAGAUAUACUGUAUAUGAUCCAUCAUUACAUUCUAUAUAUCCUAAACAUAAACAAAUUGAUAUUGGAUAUAAAAAUGGUGUUGUGGUACCUUUACCACAUAUAUUUUCUAUUGGUGAAAUAGUUAGAGCUGAUCUACCACCAGGAAGGAUAUCUUAUACAUCAUUUGAUGUACCUAAAGAUUCACCAGUUAAUUUUAAUAUUUCUGUUAAAUCAACAGCAAGAAUUGUUAUGUAUUCAAGGCAAACUACAUACCCAACACCAGCAAUUAAUGAUUUUAGAAAUGUUAUAUUAGCAGAUAGACUUCAUCUAAAUUUAGAAACAACAGAAUUUGAAAAAAAUAGAAAACCUAGAAGUGACCAAAAGAAAUAUGCUCUCCGUACAACUUUGAUCUCACAAUUUUUACUCUCAGGAAAAUGGUAUAUUGGUUUUUUGAAUGAUGGUGAUCAGGUUCAACCGAUAACUUUUAUUGUUACUGUGUCAUCACAUUAUAAUGGUCCAUUUGACUCACCAUAUUUUGGUGAAAAUUCACAACUUCUAAAUGAUAAUAGAGAUAGUUGUAAAUUUAAUUGUUUUGGAAAAGGAGAUUGUAAAGAUUCAAAAUGUUUAUGUCAUCCGGGAUUUUCUGGUUUAUAUUGUCAGGAAACUUCAUGCCCAGUACUAUGUUCUGGAAAUGGAAUUUUUAGUAAUGGUAAAUGUAUAUGUCAUAAUGGUUAUAAAGGUUAUGAUUGUGAUAUGCCAUCAUCAUGGUGUGAAGUACCUAAUUGUAACAAUAAUGGUUAUUGUAAUAGUAAUGGUAUCUGUGAAUGUAAAGAAGGAUGGACUGGAGCAUUUUGUAAUGAGAAAGUUUGUGAAAAUAAUUGUAAUGAUCGGGGAAUAUGUAAAGAGGGUAAAUGUUACUGUGAAAAUGGUUAUUUUUCAAGUGAUUGUUCCAAAAAUGUUAGAGAUAUUGGAAAUUUAAAAAUAAAUAAUUAUCAGGAGGAGAAGUUAGUAAAAAAUAAAAAUAAUAAUAUAAAUAAUAACUAUGGAAAUAAGGCUGCUUUAACAAAUAAGAAUGAAGAUAAUGAUACAUCAUCAUUAUGUAAUUUUAGAGGAAUAUACAAUAAAACACAAUCUUCAUGUAUCUGUUCACCAGGAUAUAAAGGUAGAAGAUGUGAGGAAGUUGGUUGUAGUAUAAAUUGUGGUGAACAUGGUAAAUGUACAUCAAAUAAUAUAUGUAUAUGUGAGGAUUCUUAUGAAGGAGAGUACUGUGAAAGAAAAAGUUGUUUACAUGAAUGUAAUAUUAAUGGAGAAUGUGAUGGUAAUGGAAGAUGUAUUUGUAAAAUUGGAUGGAAUGGAGAAAAUUGUUUAAUAGAUGGAUGUAAAAAUAAUUGUAAUGGAAAUGGGGAAUGUAAGCAAAAUGAAAAUAAUAAUGAAUAUAAAUGUUAUUGUAAUGAUUCUUAUCAUGGAGAAUUUUGUGAAUAUCAAAAAGAAUAUAAAUGUGAUGAUGGUAUAGAUAAUGAUAAUGAUGGUCUUAAAGAUUGUGAGGAUCCUGAUUGUUGUGGAACAUCACAUUGUAUUGAUGAAGGAUUAUGUCCAAAUAUUCCAAAACCUAGUGUUGUUGCAAAAAGGCUAUCUAAUGGUCAUGGAAAUUUCAAAUCAUUUUUUAAUAAACAUAAAUUUUUAAUUUCACCUAAUUCUAUACAGUAUUAUUCUCAAGAGUCAAGUUUUAUUCAUAAUCAAGUUUCUAUUGUUAGAGGUCGUGUUCUGUCACAUAAGGCUGGUCCUUUGUCUGGUGUUAGAAUUUCUGAUGAAAUUGACCCUAAACAUGGUUUUACAUUAACAAGAACAGGAAAUGAAACAGGAAUUUUUGAUUUAAUGGUAAAUGGUGGUAAUAUUGUUAGUUUAAGAUUUAUGAGAACACCAUUUGAAAGAGUUUAUAAAAAUAUUUUCAUUCGUCCAAAUGAAAUAAUUCAUAUUGGUGAUAUUUAUAUGGAUGAUAAAAUAAUAAAAAAUGAAAAUGAAAUAUCACCAAGGUGUAAAGAUAUCAUAUUUUAUCAUUCCAUUGAACCUAUAGCAAUACCUUUUUGGAAAUUAAAUGAACAUUCUUCAUAUCCAAAUAAUGAUAAUCAUCAAAAUCCGGUACUUUUUGCUGAAUCUAGAACAUUAUUUGAUUCCAUUCCAAUACAUGGUACUAGUAUAAAAUUAAUAUACUCUUCUGAAUCAACAUCUUAUUCAAGAAUAUUUUUACAACUUGUUGGUUCACGAUAUCCAUUAGAUUUACAUCUUAUACAUCUUUAUAUAACUGUUGCCGGAAAAGAAUACUCAACUAUACUUUCUGUUAAACAAAAUCUUAACUAUAUCUUUUAUUGGGAUAAGAAUAGUAUAUAUAAUGAACCAAUUUAUGGAUUAACAACGGCAAUUAUCUCUGUAGGAUAUCAGUAUAAAGAUUGUACAAAUUCUAUUAUAUGGAAAAAAUUACAAAUAUCAGUUGAAGGACAUCCAUUAAGAAAGAAAUCUAUUUCUUUUGGUGGAUGGUUGAUAAAUAAUAAUCAUUAUUAUGAUUAUACUAAUAAUAUCCUUGAAAAAGGAGAUGGUAAAAGGUAUAUUGUUAAUGAAGAACAAAGAGGUAUACAUAUAGUUACUGGAGGAAAUAAAAAGAGAGAAAUUAAAUGUUCUUUUUGUGGUAAACAAAAAAUUGAUGAAGUUCUUUUGUAUGAACCAAGAAGUCUUGCUAUUGGAAAAAAUGGUCAACUUUUUAUUGGUGAUUUUAAUAUGAUUAGAAAUAUUAAUUUAAAAGAUGGUAUUGCAACACCAAUUUUAGAAUUUAAUGUUGAUGAUAUUUCUCAUAAUUAUUAUAUGGUAUAUAAUCAAGUAACAGGAAAUCUCAUUAUAUCUAUACCAUUAAAAAAACAAAUAAUUGAAAUUUCUGAUUUUGAUGAAGAAAUAGAUUUGAAAAAAUUAACUUCUAACUAUGAUGUUAUAGCUGGAAAUGGAAAUUCCUGUCCACCAGAAGAUUUAUGUGGUGAUGAUGGUUUAGCUGAAGAUGCUCAAUUAACAUAUCCUAAAGGUAUCAUUGUUGAUAGUGAUGGAAUUAUUUAUUUCCUUGAUUCAAGAAAAUUAAGAAAAAUUGAAAAAGAUGGUAUAAUAAAAAGUUUAGUAACAGAAAAACAACAAUUAAAAAAUGAUAAUUGUCAGGAUAUUUUUAAAUUUGAUGAUCUUGAAUUUAUAUGGCCAACAUCAAUAGCCAUUGACUAUCUAACAGAAGAUUUAUAUAUCCUUGAUUCUGAUAUCAUCUACAAAUUAAAUCUUAAAAAUAAAAUUGCAAACAUCUUUGCUGGUCAAAAUAAAAAAUGUCCAAAUGAAAAAAAUAAAAAUAAUAUAGUUUUAUCAAAUGUCAAAUAUAUAACUAUUUCUCAACAUGAACGUAGGAUAUAUUAUAUAGAGGAAGAUGAUAAAUCUGGUACUGUUAUAAAAUCAUUAUCAAUAAAUCAUGAUUAUGGAGAUGAUUUAAUAAUUGUUUCUGGAACUAAAGGAACAACAAUUCCAAAUCAUUUAGCAUUUAAUAAAGUUUCAUCAAUAAUAUUUGAUGAAAAAAAUGAGUUAUAUGUAAGUGAUGAGGGAAAUAGUCAAAUUAAAAAAUUAUCACCUAUAAAAGCAAAGUUUGAUGAUGAAAAGAAAGUUUAUAAAAUUAAUAAUCAGGAGAGUAAUGAAAUUUAUUAUUUUGAUAAAAAUGGUAGACACAUUUAUACACUUGAUUUAAUAACAGGAACAGAAAAAGUUGCUUUUGAAUAUAAUUUAGAUACCAGUGAAAUUGAUAAAAUAACAACUUCUGAAGAUGGUAUUUUAGAAUUUAAUACAAAUUCUAAGGGUGAAAGAAUUAUGACUAGUAAUAAAGGAUUCAUGACAAUAUUUAAUAUUAAAAAAUGUGGAAAAUAUAAAUGUUUAGAGGAAAUUAUUAAUCCAGAUAAAACAACUGUUACAUUAAAAUAUAAUAAAGAAAGUUCUUUGAUUAGUAGAACAUAUGACUCAAAGACAUGGAUUUUUAAGUAUAAUAAAAAUUAUCCAUCCACAAUAAAUGAUAUUAUAUCACCAUCAGGUCAAAAUUAUUCAAUAGAUCAGCAGUUAUUAAAAGAUAACAAUUUUAUAACAGAAGUUCUUUUGAAUGGUCAAUUAUUUACCAAAAUAACUGUUCAUGCUAAUCAACCAGAAUAUAUAAAUUUAUCAAAUCAGGAGACAAUCAUUCAAACAGAUGACAAGAAGUCAAAUUUCAUAAAAUUUAAAGAUGGUUUCACGAUAGCUAAUGGUGAAGGUUUGACAUCUCAGUAUGACCGGCGAUCUCAUCCAUUGUUGCAAGAAAAUGAAAAUAUGGUAUUAAAAAGGAAACUUGUCUUAAGGAGUAUAGACUCAAAAAAAGAAAUAACAUCAAAAUCAGAGUGGAAAACAUUUAUAAAACGUAGUACAACAAAUAACAUAGAAUCAUCACCUUCUAAACUUAUAGAAGUUAUUGGAGGAAGACCAAAGGUUAAUGGUCAUACAUUAUUUAUCAUUGAGUUUAACAGAACAAUAUUUUCAGAUAUUAUUAAAAAUAUUUAUGAUCAUAUUUUAUUUACAAUAUCAUAUAAUAUGGAAAGAAAAAUUAUAUCAGUUAUUCCAAGAAAUAAUAUUAAUAAUGAAAAUAUUAUACCUACAUUUAAGAAAGAAUAUCUAAAAAAUUCUAAUCUUUUAAAAAGAAAAUUAUUUGGAAAUUUUUCUAUUAAUUAUUUAUAUGAUUUAAGGGAUAGAUUAAUGACUAUAACAUAUUCUAAGAAUAAUUUAUUAAUAAAAAGAUUAGGAUAUUCCUCCAAAGAUACAGAUAUUUCUUACAAACCAACGAUGAUUCAAUUAUCUAAUGGUAAUAAAUAUUUAUGGAGAUAUGAUAAAGAAGGAAAUGUAAUUAGUUUAAAAAGUCCCGGUGGAAUAACAGAAGAAAUUCAUAAAUUUUGGAGGGUAUAUGGUGGUAUAAAAAAUGACUAUCUAAGAUAUUAUAGAAGUUUUCCAUUUCUAAGAAAUAAUCAUUUACUUAAAGAGAAUAACAAAGAUAUAAAUAAAAAUUUUGAUAUUAAUAAAAUUGAUAAGUUUCUCCUUAUACUUGAUGGAAAUGAAAAAGUUUCCUCUUACAUGACACCAGAUCAUGAAAAAAGUCUGUUUAUUAAAAGAGAUAUUUAUGGUAAAAUUGAAAAUAUAAAUAUUGAUGGGAGAUGUUAUAUUUAUAAAUAUUUUAAAAAUUUAAAAGACAAUCGACUUAUGGAUAUCACUAUUUAUGGGGGUGAUGAAAUUAUUCAAAAAAAGUAUAGUUAUAUUGGAUUUUUGGUAAAUGAAGUCAAUGAAACUAGAGGAAAUAAUAUAAUUACCCUAGAAUAUGAUUAUGAUCCAUUUUUAAGACCGAUAUCUGAAAUAUUUAAAUUAAAUGGAAAUAUUAUAAGUAAUGAAAUAAUAAAUUAUGAAAGUGAGUAUGGUAAAAUAAUAGAAAAUGAAUCUGAUGUUUUUAAAAAAAUCAAAAAAAUGAAUGAAAAUUACCUACCAAUAGAGGAAAAUUUUAUUUUAUAUAAAAAAGAUUUUAUAAAAGUUAAAUAUUUUUAUGAUGAAAUUGGUAGAGUAAUAAAAAAAGAAUGGUUCAUGAGAAAUGAUAAAUAUUUAAGUGAAAAAAAAGAAUUUGGUAUUAAUGGAAAACUUGUAUAUUAUAUGCUUAAAGGUAAUGAAGAGAAAAAGGAAUGGAGACUUUAUUAUGAUAUAAAUGAACGAAUAAGGCAAAUUAAUGAAAAAUUAAUUGAAAAAGAAAAUGGUAUUGUUAAAAAAUUUAAUGAUAUGGAAUAUAUAAGAGAUAAAAAUGGAUUUAUUAUUAAAAGAGGUGAUUGGAAUUUUAAAUAUGAUGUUCUUGGAAGAUUAUUAGGUGGAAAAAAAGAUAAUUUAGAAAUUUGGUACAAUUAUGAUAAUAAUGGAUAUAUUAUUUCAAAAGUAAUAAAAAAAAAUAAUAAAAUUAUUGAUGGAAUAGAAUUUUUUUAUAAUAAAGAUGGUAAAUUAAAAUUUAUUUGGAAUACAAAAGAUAAAGAUGAUAUAUGGAAUAUUAAUUAUAAUAAAGAAUCCGGUGAAAUAAAAAGUAUUGUUCAAAAUGAUGACUCAUAUUUUAUUGUAACAGACAAUGAAAAAAGUAUACGGUAUAUAGUCGGAAAUCACGGUGAAUUAAUAUAUGAAAUAAAUUAUACUCCAACAGGAAAAUCUUUACGUGAUAAAAAACCACGCCCAUUUAUAUUACCAAUUGGGUUUAAAGGUUUAAUUGAAGAUAUUGAUAUGAAUAUAGUUUUUGUAAAAGAAUAUUCAGAACUUCUUAAUCUUAUAAUUCUUCGUCCUUUAGAUGUAUAUACAGGAAGAUUCUUAUCAACAUCAAUAAAUGUAAUGAAUCCAAAAAUAAAUUUACUAACACCUGAAAUUAUUUCUGAUCCAUUUGGUUAUAAUUUUGAUGAACACAUGAAAUCAUUUAAAUUUUCUUUAUUAGAUUGGUUAAAAUAUUCUGGUUAUGAUUUAUCAUUUAUCAAAUAUCAUUUUACAAAAAAUAUCAACCUUCAUAAUGAAUGUUCAUCAUCAAAAAUAAUAUUAUCAUCAUAUAUCUGUGAAGGAAUUCAAAGUACAAAUACUUUAAAUAAUAUUUUAUCAAUUAAUGAUAAAACAAUUGAGGCUGAGGAUAAAUUUAUAAGUAAAGCAUUUGGGAAUGAAUUUAUAAAAAAUAGUAAUUUUGAUAUAACUAUUAUAGAGAAACAAAAUGGAUAUGUAAAUAUUUUAAGAAAAAAUGAUCAUGAAAAUUUGUCAUUUGAUAUUUUGGAAAAAAUUUUAACAGGAAGUAGAUAUUUACCUAUAUCUUCUGAGAUGAUUCUUAAUGAUAGUUUUAUUAUUAUGCAUUUUGUCAAACAUAAUCAUAGUUAUAUUGAGAAAGAUGAAUUUUUAUGUAAAAAGAUUAGCCAUAUUGUUCAGGUUAACUUUUUGGGUGAAAUUAAAGUUUUAGAAUUUAUUAUUAAUGAUAGAGUAUUUAAAGUAUACUAUUCAAAUGACAUGGAGAAUGUAAGAGAAAAUUUAAGAAAAGAAUUUUAUAAAAAAAUGAUUGAUUUAAAGUGGGAGAGUGAAAAAAGUGCCAUAAAAAAUGGAUUACAUUUUUUAAGUAAAAAUUGGACAUUUGAGGAAAUUAAGGAAAUGUUUCAAAAAGGAAGAGUUAAAGAUGUUAAGUCAAAAUUAAAAGUUUCAUCAAAAUAUAAAUAUCUUCCCUCUUCUUUAGAUAAUUGGUAUUUUGAAUAA